AGAGAUGUUUAUCCAGCUUUACUACACGUGGGUUUGAUCCAGAGUACAAGAAGAGGAGAGAAACCGUCAGGGUGAGAGGCUUCCAGAGCAGCAGCAGCAGCAUGUCUCUGUACCGCAACUCCGCCUGGUUCCUCAAAGGACUGACCGAGUUUACCAAGAAUGGCUACUUGUCAGCAUCCAAGCGCUUUGUGGAGAAGGACCUUGAGGUGUCCGUGGCUGGACGCUCCUUCAUGAUAACUGGAGCCAAUGGUGGCAUUGGAAAAGCUACUGCCAUGGCUAUUGCCAAAAGAGGAGGAACAAUUCACAUGGUGUGCAGGAACAAGGAUAAGGCUGAGGAGGCCAGGGCGGAUAUAGUCAAGGAGACAGGAAAUAAAGAGAUUUAUGUCCACAUCCUGGACUUGUCUGAGACAAAGAAGGUGUGGGAGUUUGCCGAGGGCUUCAAGAAAAAGUUCAAAUCACUCAAUGUGUUGAUCAAUAAUGCAGGUUCCAUCAUGAGUCAGCGGGAUGUGAACACUGAAGGACUUGAGAAGAGCUUUGCUGUCAAUGUCCUUGGGAUUUACAUUUUGACCAAGAGUUUGAUUCCCUUACUGGAGAAGAGCACAGAUCCCCGAGUGAUCACAGUGUCCUCAGGUGGAAUGCUGGUGCAGAAGCUCAGGAUAGGAAAUCUGCAGUCUGAGAGAGGCCGCUUUGAUGGAACCAUGGUCUACGCCCAGCACAAAAGGCAGCAGGUGGUGAUGACAGAGCAGCUUGCCAAGACUCACACUAACAUCCACUUCUCCGUCAUGCAUCCAGGCUGGGUGGAUACUCCAGCGGUGGCCAAUGCAAUGCCGGACUUCCAUCGCUCAAUGAAGGAUAGCCUUCGGACCCCAGAGCAGGGGGCUGACACAGUGGUGUGGCUCGCCAUUUCUGAAGCUGCUACCACAAACCCUACUGGGCGCUUCCACCAGGACCGAAAGGUGGUGCCCACCCACUUGCCGCUGGCCUGGACCCACAGCUCCCCUCUGGAGGAGCAGAAGCUCUUGUUACUGCUGGAGGACCUGGCCAAGACGUUUCAGCCCCACUGAACCAGCACCACCCAGAAGACAUCAGCAACACUAACACCAUCAGUUCGCAGACUGAAUUAAGAUGUAACCAAAAAAUAGUUUAUAACCAUUUGUAAGCUCAGCUUUCUUACAGAACUACAUUUUUUUUGGUGUAGAAGUGUUUGACAGCGAUGCUGCUUUUAUAUCUAUAUAUCUAUGCCUGAGAGAGGCGCUUAUAACCCAAAUACACAAGUGUAACUGUGAUGUUAUUAAAGUCAAUCAGAUGGGAAUCUGAUGUGGCCAUGUCACAUUUUGUGUUCAUACACUAGUCAUGGGUUCAGCGUCACGCUGGUGUUUCCCUGACUUACAUUUGUGUCAAGUGAUGUGCAUUUAAUACCGGUCAGUAACCCAUGUAUGUGCCAUGUUGUGUUGUGAAGCUACUGUACAGUGCAAGAUGAACCCAGACUAGAGGUGAAGCGCUCUCUCAAUAAAAACGCAACAGCAUCACUUGACAUAUUCAACGUACUUACAUGUCUGACAUGACAUCUGCCCAGCACCUUUGAAAAACCUCUCCGCAUAACAUUUCCUUCACUGAAUCUUGUAAACACAUGCAUCAAUAAAAAAACUUACCAAAUGA